CAGAAGCGUUAAGUAGCUCAUGAUAUCCGGUUCUCUGAAUCACUUUUUAGCUAAAAACAAUUCUUGAAGACACGUUCGAACUUAACAGRUUUUGUUUGUAUUAGUUAGAAUUGUUAAAAUUGUAUGAACACAAGUGACUUGCUAUGUGUUGGGGGCGGAAAAUAUAUGCGCUUCCUGUCUUGUUUGACUGCUGUUUACAAACUGAAGUUCAUGAAGAGUUCAUGUAGCUAAUAUCAGUUUGAAUGCUACGUUAGCCUAGAGCAGGUAACAAUGAAGAGGGCUGAAGAAAAUGUCUCAAUCUGAGCUGUGAUGUGCCCACCAUCAGCCCCACGGUCCCGUUUCAACAAUGACCUAUGGAAAGCUUCGAGCUCCCAGUGAAGAAUGGCAAGGUUUAGGUUCAAAACUUGCAUUGCAUCAACUGCUUUGGUGCUGUUCGUCCUCGUCAUAGUCCUGCUUUUAAAGGCUCUCACCCCUGAGGAUCCGUCUCUCCACAGCCCAAGAGACGUUAAAGUGACCCUGGACAGAAAGAAUGAGCCACAGAUCAAAAGAGACGGCAAGAAAACAUCUGAAGAAACCAAAAUGAAUGACCCUGUCGAGUCAAACGGGAAUGCAGAGCUGGAAGCUGCACUGAGGAAGUUUCCUCCUCCAAASUACUACCUCCAUGCUUUCUACUACGUAUGGUAUGGAAAUCCGAAGUUUGAUGGCAAAUACAUCCACUGGGACCACCCGCAGCUGCCACACUGGGAUACUAAGGUGGCUCUGGGGUAUCCACAAGGAAGGCACAUCCCUCCUGAUGACAUUGGGUCCAACUUUUACCCCUCUUUGGGGCCUUACAGUUCCAGGGACCCCUCUGUUAUGGACGCUCAUAUGCAGCAACUGCGUUCAGCAGCCAUCGGUGUCAUUGCUGUUUCCUGGUAUCCUCCUUCCACAAAUGAUGACAACGGUGAGCCAUUAGACAACAUAGUGCCUUUGUUGUUGGAGGUGGCACAUAAAUACCACAUUAAGGU